UUGUGUGAACACAUGAAACACGCUUUAUUGCAACGUGACUACUCAGACUGAUUACGUAAUAACGUGUGAUCCCCAGGUGUAAUCAUUAAAAUGACUAACCUGGAUUCCUGGAUGUGUUGUUGUGAAGAUGGAGGCCAGGCAGCAACCUUGGCUUGAGUUGGAAGAAAGCAGUUUAAGCGUUCGCAUCAAUCUGCACAAUUAAAGUCACCAUGAAUGUUGAAUCCCUCGCCCCAGAAGAAGGCACCUGCAAGACCCAGUGUGUGCGUGUUAACGGCGUUCCUACUCAUCUGAUGAAGGUUGAGCCAAAUUCAGCAGAGACAAAGGAAGUUGCGGAUGAGUCAGAUGUUCUGUUUCUAGUUAUCCCAGGCAAUCCUGGUAUAGUGGAUUUCUAUGAGGUAUUUAUGCUGACGUUAUUCAAGGCAAGUGGAUGUAAGGUUCCAGUAUGGGGCAUAUCCCAUGCUGGCCACACUUCCUUAACUCAGAAGCUUGAUGAUAAUGCACAAGGUCCCUACAGUUUGGUGGACCAGAUAGACCACAAGGCAGCAUUUAUACGAGAUUUCGUUCCUCCAGGCAAGAGAUUAGUUCUGAUCGGCCACUCCAUAGGUUGCCAUAUUAUUCUACAAGUCAUGAAGAGCAACCCGUCCCUCCCCAUCCUGAAGGCUGUGCUGCUCUUCCCCACCAUCGAGAGAAUGUGGGAUUCACCCAACGGCACGUUCCUAGCCCCAUUGCUCUGCUACUUUCGUUGGUUGGCUGUCUUCGGUGUCUUUCUCAGCUCCUAUCUCUCCGACUGGGUCAAGUGGAGAGCUAUCAAUUGGUUUUUUCGAGGAAGAAAGGUUCCACCGUGCACCUUUCAUGCUGCCCUGAAUCUCUUCAACCCAAGUUGUACAAACAAUAUCAUCUUCAUGGCAGCUCAUGAAAUGCGAGAAGUCGUGGAACCAGACCUAGAUGCCAUCGCUCAACACUUACCAAAGCUGCUGUUCUACUAUGGCGCCAAGGAUGGCUGGUGCCCCGUGGACUACUACUAUGACAUUAAGAAACUGUUUCCAGAGGGCGACAUUCGACUGUGCAAGCGCGGAAUCGCACACGCCUUCUGUUUAGAAUCGAGUGAAUUGAUGGCAGAUCUUACAUGGAACUGGUUAGGACAAGAUAUACAGAUUCAAGUUAAUUGAAGACAUAUUGAGUGUCUUGCAUUCCGUUCUUAAAUUUUUCCUUCCCCAAACCCAUUCAAAUUAAUCUAUACCUUAAAGGCAGUGGACACGUUUGGUAAACACUCGUAAUAAGUGUUAGCAUAAAACCUUACUUGGUAACGAGU